AUGAUGGUGUACGUCCACAGCUUCACCACCGGCAGUCCUCUGCACUCGCUGCACAAUCAUCAAAGUCAGGGUGUCGUCUCUGGCGUCACACCCGAUCUCACGCUGCCCCUGCCCUGCUGCCCCUCAGGUGUCGUCUCUGGCGUCAUACCAAGCCAGCUGCCCCUGCCCUGUGCCCUCAGGACGUCUCCGGCGUCACACCCGACCUCAGCUGCCCCUGCCCUGCUGCCCUCAGGUGUCUCUGGCGUCACACCCGAGCUCAGCUGCCCUGCCUGCUGCCCUCAGGUGUCGUCUCUGGCGUCAUACCCAAGCUCAGCUGCCCCUGCUGCCCUCAGGACGGUGAGCUGUGGUGUGGCCGGCUGCCGGGACUCAAAGGUGUACGUAUACGACAUCGCUUCGGCCCGACUGCUGCGCACGCUUCCCCGCCACGGCAGCGCCGUGCUGGCGGCCCGCUUCGCCUCGCGGGGCCACCUGCUCGUCACGGCCGGUGCCAGCAGGGUGCUAGUGACCCACGUACAGCCUCUGACAGUGAAGCCGCGCGUUUACGUGUCGGACCGAAAAAAGAUCCCGGUGGAGCACCAAGCGGACAUCACUUGUGUGGACAUAUCAGCUGACGAAACUAUGGUCGUUACGGGCUCCUCCGACUCGCACCUGAAGGUGUGGCUGGCGCCAUCCGGUGACCUUCACGCGACCUUGGAGGGUCACACGGGUCCGGUGACGUGUGUGCAGUUUCGCGCCGAACGUCUGUACGCCGUCAGCGGCUCGCAAGACACUUCCAUCCGCGUCUGGGGACUCACGCUCAAUCUGGUGGUGGCCGCCUUCACAGACCACAUGACGCCGGUGGUGUCCCGUAUGUGUGCUCUCGACAAGCAAGCGCACUCUGUCGGCGGACAAGGCGGCGUGCUCAUCUGUGGCAGGUGGAGACGGGCGUGGUUGCUGCUGACCUGCCAGGGGCCCGGAGAGUUUAUCCGCGUGACUCCCGACCAGACCUACGCCAUCUCCGGCAACAGCGCUGGCCACCAGUGA